AUGAAAAUGAAGAAGAAUAAUAAGCUCAUAAACGCAUGUAUAUUUCACAGGUUGUACCAAAUACGAGUGGGCCUUCGAGUAUCCCCGAAAUUGCCGGUACAAAUCGAGACGUCGGUGUCGAGCGGCAAUGCCACGGGCAGGUCCGGGCGGCCGACUGCCAACGCGUCACUCGGCGGCUUGGCUGCUUCGAGAGCCUUCCAGAUAAUGUACAGAAACGAAGAGGUCACAUUGCGGGAUAUCGUGCAAUUUCGAGCUCAUUUGUUAGUCGACAGCCGCAACCUCAAGGAGUCCCUGGAACGAACGGAAUGGAGUCUAGGUGUAGAACUAUGGUGCAGCGAGGGUGCUCAGUCCAGUACCUUGGCGCCAGUAUCCUGCCGCGUGCUCAAACUUCAUUUCCAGCCUUCUCAGGGACUGCAUUACCACCUGCCUGUUUUAUUCGACUACUUUCAUUUGUCGGCCGUUUCCAUAACCAUUCACGCAAGUUUAGUUGCUUUGCAUCAGCCUUAUAUCAAAAAAAGUAUAAUGCAAUACGUUCAAAGUUGUACCCCGCGCUCCAGCAAACAAUGGGGAAAAUUGAUGAAGAACGCGGGUUCCAACUUCAACACGUCGGGCAGUUUCGAGAACAUUCUUUUCGGAUCGGGCGGGAAAUGUGCCGGCGGUAAUUCUAGCAAGAUAGCACAUGCCAGACAAGUCCACGCUGAAGUGUGUGGUAUUCUCCUGGGAUCUCUAGAGGGACUGCAAAGUGCACUUACUGUAUGUGGCUCCACUGGCGUACUCCUUACUCCUGAGGAAUCUUCUUCUAAUUCUAUAGUUGGAGAAGUAUCACAGAGGAUUAAAGAUCUUAGCGAUAAUAGCAAAAAACCGGAGGCAGGCUCCGAAGAAGAGUGGGCAAUGGGCGCAGCACAUGACAUUGCCCGCCUCUGCGCAGAGGUCACACUUCGGUGGCGCGCCUUUUUACACCAUACCACUGAUCGUCCGCAUGUCCAUCACGCUUUAGCUGCUGCACAUCAUGCGCUACGCAUCAAACGCUUCUCAGAAUGCUUCUUCGUGCUGGACAACCCUCGCCACUCAUUGGCUGGUUGCUAUGAUAGCAACUACCAGUCAUACCAAAGCGUGGGUGAAGCGGCACGUCGCUCCCGCUACCUUGCUCUCUUGCCACCUCUACCAGUUCACUGCAUUGCAUUAGACGGUGAUCCUCAUAUCAUGCCUAUUAUAUUUGAGGAUAGAUAUCAAGAUACAGCGGAAUUUGCAAGAAGACGUUCAUUUUUAAAUUCUAACACUAAUAAAUCGGGCAGUGAUCCAUUCUUAUGUUCAGAACCUUCAAAGGAAGACUGUGCCUGUAGUGUAAGCUCAAUCAUGGACUCAAGAAGGCCUUCUUCUGAAGCUUCUAGAGUAACAUUAACGUUACCAAAAACUAUAAUGGAUGUUCUCGAACCACGAUACAAUGCGCCAAAAAGUAGUGCACAAAACGUAGUGCAGGCUACUUUGACCUUAGCACCUCAAAAAUCAGCCCAAAGUUCUCCUAAAAGAACAAUAGUAAAACAAAAUUUAGUAGAAAUAAAUAAAUCUCAUAAUAAGCAAUUAGAACUAACGGGUCGAAACAGAUACAUUGUACAGAAUAAUCAAAUAAGCGAAAUUCAGCUUCCUCCUAACAACGUAUUUUCUUCAUGCUCUAUUCAACAAGGACAACAGUUAUCAAGAUAUUCGGCGUCCACGUUAUUAGAUAUUAAUGCUACAAAAAAUAAUGCAGGAGGGUCACGAACGGUAAAAGAUAAAUCUGAUUUAAAUAAAGUAACCAAUCAAAAGCAAGCAAUCACAAGCGGUGUAAGCACCUUACCAGCAAGACAUAGUAAAUCGUUGGAUCAACUGAGAGUAUCGCAAAUGACACCGCUGAGUGUACAAACAUUAACAAAAAACUUACGAAAUAAUUCCAAUUCAUCUGUUAAUUACCCUAAACCUUACCAACCUCCCCAGCAUGUGAAACCCACUACUUUGCCACGAAGUGUAACGACAACAACAUAUCCAACAAGUACAACGACUAGAUGUGGCUCUAAAGGCGAUGAUUAUAGACGAAAUAUUAACGAGUUUAGAGAGAAAUACAAAAAUCCAUGUAAUCUCAAUGUGAAUAUUCACGGAACGAACAAUGAAGUAUUUCAUAAUGUAGGAUAUAAAUAUGAUGGUAAUAUAAAAUCUAAUCAUAACCAAGUUUAUGGAUACACUUUCGGUAAUCAGGGUACUCUGCAAGUAAACAAUGUAAUUCGUAAUCCUUUAGAAUUUCAAAGAGGUUAUAGAGUAAAUUUACCCCGUCCUAUGUUGCCUCCGCGUAAUUCUUAUCCACCAGUUAGUGGGAAAACUCAAGUAACUGAUCAAAGUAGUUUAGUAUCAAAUAAGCAUGUUCAUAGAUCUAAUUCUACACACAUAUUUCAUCAAAAUAUAGAUAGUCAGCAGCAACAACAAAUUGAUAUCGAAGCAGCACGCAAUCAACUAAGGCAUGAAUUAAAUUACUACCUUCAGAAAGGAGACUGGAGUUAUGAUUUCAAUACAGGUAGCUUAAUUCAAAAUUAUCAAAAGAAAUCUAGUAAAAGCAGUGAUGAUAGUGGAUUUGUAAUGACUUUAGACAGAAGCAGUGACGGUACUUCCAAAUCAACUUAUUCUAAAACUCCACCAUCGACUCCGCAUUCCACUAUGCCAUCAGUGAGACAUAAAAAGAGUCGAUCCAAAGAAUCUAAAUUAAAUAACAGUAUUAAAGAAGGUACUAAAUUGAACUCAAGUCGCGAUUCGCUAAGUAGUCACCAUUCUGUUAUAUCGAGGGAUAGCAAAUCUGAUCGACAAACAUCGAAAUCCGACCGAAGCACACCAAAAUCUGAUAGAGCAACGCCUCGGUCUGAAAGAGGAAUUCCAAAAUCUGGUGGGAUAACUCCAAGAUCAGGAUUAACAACACCCAAAUCUGGAAGAGUGACACCAAAAUCUGGAACAGCAACACCGAAAAGUGGCAGAUCGAGUGGUAAGCCAGAAAAAAGAACAAAACACAAAGCCUCAGAAAAAAUGACGCAGUUAAUGUCUGAAGCGGCGUCAUCUUCUAGUAACGACAGUAUACCAUUUGAACUCAGAAGGUUAGAAUCUUCAGUCAGCGUUCCAUAUAGCCUCGGCCAUGGAGCAGAAUUAAGACACUGUAGAAGUGCUGCUUCAGUCUUGGAUGAACCUCAUCUUAACAAUACUUUUGGUUCAGAGUCCUUACCAAAUUUAGCGCCACCACCCGCAUUCGAAUCACCUCCAUUAGACAUAACAGAUAAAGACUUCAAAAUUAUGCCUCCUGAAAGUUUUUUGAGUAAAGAAGAAAAACAAAGUAGUAACUCUACGUCUAGUUUGAGUGAACAAAGUGGUUGGGUUUCUAGUGGAAGAAGCUCAGGGCCAUCCUCUCCCGAUAAUGGAAGUUGUCAAUUAAAUGAAAACCAUACGCCACGUAAUAAAUCACCGCUUUCUAAAGUUUCCAAUAAAGUGUACGAUACAGCGACCGAAUUUCAAAAACAAGAUGGUGAAAAAAUAAGUGAUUUUAAAAGAACUGUUUUAAACGGUGAACAACUACGUGAAAAGUUGCUAAAACUUGCAGUAAAAGCUGCUCAAAGUUCGAACGAAAAAAUAGAGUGCUGUGACAAAGAAGUAUGUGAAGAGUGCACUAUUUGUAGUGAUUCCAUUUGCACGGAUAGUCAAUGCGAAUAUAACAAAAUAUUACAUAAUAAUGGCGUUGAUACGGGAUGCAAUUCCGACACUUGUACAGCCAGUUGUUUCCAGCAAUAUUCUGAAUCAAGUAGGAGUAAACUAAAUCAAAGACACAACUCUUUUAGUGGAAUACAAGUUAAAUCUUUGAGUAAUGUUCCCAUUCCAGCAAAUGAAAGCAAUGUUAAGAAAUCUCAGACAAUUGGCGAUAACCUGCAUCCAUAUAUAAGAAAAGAAAUUUCACCUAAAUUACAACCAUUGCCUGCUAAAUCCGAUUCUCUGAAGAAAACGAAAUUAAAGGACAGAAUAGAGUACACAGAAAAACUUUUGGCAGCAGAAAUACGAAGCCUUACUGUCGAUCGCUCUUGUAAAAGUCACACCAAAAAGACGUCGCCUACAGAUAUGAGCUCUGCUGGGCAAAGAUAUCAAAAUAAGGCCAAAUCUGAAGUAGACCUUAGUCAUUAUGGUGCUGGCAAUGAUUAUGAACACUUACCACCACCACAACAAUUUAGAGAUGCUCCUCCACCACCUGAUGCAUUUAAGGAUCCCCCUUCAAAGUCACCAGAAUUAAGUAGACAAAUUAGUAGUAAAUCUUCAACACCCUCCAAAACACAAAGAAAACAAGCAAGUCAACCCUCUACCCUACAAUUAGAUAAUCCCCUAUAUCACGUCUGUGAAGGAAUCAUAGAGAGGCGAAAAUUAAGGCCUCAUCAAUCAGUCAAUGCAACAGCCACAAUUUCGUCUAGCACGCUUAACAAAAGUCAAAGCACUGGGGAACUUGCUUCUAGGAAUGAUAAUGGAAAUAAUAAAGAGCCACGAGAAAGCAAUCUUGUUAGUAUAUUUGGACUGGCAGAAUCAGAGCGAUUGUUCGUAAAAUGUAGAGAAGAAUUCAGGCAAAGCGUUAAAUAUCCUGGAGCUAUAUACUCAGAUUUCCCGCCCAUAGAAAAUUCUCUACCAUACUUUCAUAUCAGCGAUGAAUAUCGUAUGUUUAAUCCAGAAGGCUUGCAUCUUAUAAUUUGCGUGCAUGGACUAGAUGGCAACGCUGCAGAUCUGCGACUAGUAAAAACAUAUUUAGAGCUUGGCCUACCAGGAGCUAGGCUAGAUUUUCUGAUGUCUGAAAGAAACCAAGGCGACACAUUCUCUGAUUUUGAUACUAUGACUGACAGACUCGUUCAAGAAAUUUUGACGCACAUACAAAACUCGAGCGAGCCAGCUAGAAUAAGCUUCGUAGGUCAUUCCUUAGGAACUAUAAUUAUUAGAUCUGCACUUGCAAGACCACAAAUGAAGGCUUACUUGGGAAAAUUGCACACGUUUCUCUCUCUCAGCGGUCCACACUUGGGUACAUUGUACAACUCCAGCGGUCUAGUAAAUGCGGGUAUGUGGUUCAUGCAAAAGUGGAAGAAAUCUGGUUCCUUACUCCAGUUAUCACUGCGCGAUGCAUCCGACCCUCGUCACUCUUUCCUCUACCGGCUCAGUGAAAGAAGCCAGCUGCACCAAUUUAAGCAUAUUCUCCUGUGUGGCUCUGGACAAGACAGAUACGUUCCCUUACAUUCCGCACGUUUGGAGCUCUGCAAAGCUGCCGCCAAAGACACCUCGUUAUUGGGUCAAGCUUAUAGAGAAAUGGUACAUAAUAUGGUGUCACCGCUAGCAUCACGUGCUUCCAAUGUGUCCGUAGUCCGCUACGACGUGCAGCACGCGUUGCCGCACACCGCCAGCGCUCUCGUCGGCCGCGCGGCCCACAUAGCCGCCCUCGACUCCGACCUCUUCAUAGAAAAGUUUCUUUUGGUCUCCGCACUCAAAUAUUUCCGAUAG